AACGUCCUCAUAUUAAAUAGGGACUAUUUAACCACUCUGAGAACAACGUGACGUUCCUAUAUUAAAGCCCAAUAAAGAUUUUUAGUAGCAAAAAAAAACUUUAUUUCUCUUAGAAAUACAAAAAACCUUAUAAAUUCCAGUAUUAUAUGCAUAGAACGGGUCUAGCAAGAUUUCUUUUUUGUUUGUUUCCCUUGUUAAUUGUUUAUAAACUUGUUUCUCAACAAAACUCAAGUUUUUAAAAACUCCAGUCUUGCAAAAUCAUCAGAAUGUUAGAUCCUUCAGCUAAAUCCUUCAAUACCCAUUUGUGUUUUCCAAGUAUUCCGAAUGAUGAUCACUCAGAUUCCGGCGUCUGUUCACCUACUUUGUGGAGAACCAGUCCGCCGGAGAGUCCUCCUUUUCACCGGCCGGAAGAUUACUGGAGUCUUUCACCGGAUUCUAAAGCACAAGCUAUUGCUCGUGGUCAACGGGAGCUUAUGGAAAUGGUUAGUAAGAUGCCUGAGUCGUGUUACGAGCUUUCAUUGAAGGAUCUUGUUGAAGUGAAGGUGAAUCAAGAGAAUGAACGGAAGGUGUUCGAUGAAUUGCCUAAGAGAACAAUUAGGCAGAAUAAAGUUGUGAGGAAGACGAAGAGUGAUAAACGGAUUGAUCCGAAAAGGAGUGGAGGAGGAAACAAUAGUGGGUUUCUUCUCAAAAUGAUGUUUCCGGUUAGUUUAGGAACUAAGAAAGAUACGACGAAGAAGAAGAAGAAAAAGGAGGAGGCUUGUAAGGUUUCGCCGAGACCUUCGAUCUCCGAGGAGACUGUGAAAGCAGAGGAUAAAGAAUGGUGGAAUAGAAUGUCUGAAUCUAGCACAAAGAGGAGUGGUAGUAGCAGUAGCAACAACAGUAAUAGGAGCCGAAGCAGCCUUAGGGAUGAAAAAAGUAGCUGCUUCUCUUUUCUUACAUUCAAGAGACUAAUUCCUCAAUAUCUGAAACAAAGCUUUCUUGGCUUAAGAAGCAGAGCUUGAUAACCGCAACACUCGAGUCUGCGUUUUGCAGUCUAACCUUAUGAGGAACAGCUCUGAGAACAGACACGAAGAUGAUCACUUUUCGGAUAAAUUUUUGCUUCUGCAAUAGCUUAUGUAUCCUUUUGGAUAUGGUUUUAAAUUCUGUAAAUAGAGAGAUUAAUGUGCAAUCUCUCAAAUCUUGGAUUUUGAAUUCUAAUGUACAGUGGUGUUUAGGUUCUACUUGAUUAUUUUUUACCUUUAGUUA